CACCUGACUGACUGACCGCCGCCGAUCAACGCCCCCUCCUCCCCCAACACCGGGUUCGAUCGGGGAGUGAAGUGAAGCGAGCGCCGGGCUUGUGAUGGAGCCGGGGGAGUGAGUGAGUGAAGGAGAGGGAGUGUGAGGCGGGGCAAGGCCGGCCGGCACCCACACCCACACCCACCGCCAGCCGGGCCCGAACGGCGCAGGCCUGGCCGGGCCUAGGGCGACCAGGGCCUAGAGUUCAGCCAGUGUCCGGCAGCAGAGUCCCGGGCCCAGAGCCCGGGCCCUGGAGCCCAAGCCCGGCCCACAAAGCCACCGUGGCUCUGCCUUGCUCCCUAAACGCCAUCGAUAGAGAAACGGGACCGAACUGAUCCAAACUUGGCCUCCGAGUUGGGACUGGAUUGAUAUCCGCACCGAAGAUCGAUAUCACAUCGAUUCCAUACUGGAUGAUGAGACUGAAUCGACUCCUGAUGGAUGCGGCGCUGGAAAAUAGUCUGAAUCGAUAAGCCUGAUCAAUGCUGCACAGGAUGAUGAGUGUGGAUCAAUGACUGCUCGAUGCCACAGUGGAUUAAACUGAAUCUAUAAGUAUCACGGUGGAUUGUCAGAUUGAACUGAUUAGUGUCAAUACCUGAUUGAUUCCUUGUAGGAGCUGCAAUAACGGGAGCGCUUGGUUCCGGGUUAAGGUUGGGCUCGGUUUCUGGAAUGGGCUUUAGUCCUGGACUUGGCUCUGGGCUGGUCUGAGACUUUUCUGAUCCAGUUUAUUAAUCCGAAGCCUCAUCAGGACAGACCUGCUCCAAGAGUCUGAGAGAUUUUACGUUUUUAUAUGGUUCUAUAUUCUCCUUGGAUUAUUGACAAUCGAUCAAGGUUUUGCGAAACAAAAUGAGAAUUGGAUAAAUUGUAAGAACAGGAAUCAGUGAGAGGAGCCAAAUGAGCGUGACACCGUCCGGGCUGAGUGAGAGGUUUCCCAUCAGAAGACUUCCCAGGUAUCUUCGCCCAGUGCUGUUAGAUAUGGACUUUAAGAUUGUGACUUGGGGAUGAUGAAGGAAUGCUGAUAUAUAUCCAGAUUGGCCUGUGACUUGGAGAGCUUCAUGAUGAGGCAAGGAAGCAUACUGAACAAGGACCUGUCGCCUGAUAAAAAGUAUGACAAAAAAAACUUGGAAAAAUCAUCUCUGUAUGAAUUUGACCCAACAGAGAGCUCGUCUAAACAAAAGAAGCCCAGGUUCAAUUGCAAUGACCAUAAAUGUCUAGUUCAGCGCUGUGUCAUAAUCCAGAGAGAUGAAAAUGGGUUUGGCCUGACGGUCAGUGGAGAUAACCCAGUGUUUGUCCAGUCUGUCAAAGAGGAUGGAGCAGCUGUGCGUGCAGGUGUGCAGCAGGGCGACAGAAUCAUUAAGGUUAAUGGGACGCUGGUCACUCAUUCAAACCAUGUGGAGGUGGUUCGGUUAAUUAAAUCUGGGUCGUACGUGGCUCUCACGGUCCUGGGCCGUCCUCCUGGCUCUCCCCAGAUACCAUUGACUUCUGUCGAUGGAGAUGCUGGCGGUUUCUUUUUCCCCGGUCAACAAAGUCAAAUGGCCCCAAAUCCAACUUUCUCCCACCAUUCUUCAAGCAGCAGUUGUCCUGAGAGGAUCACAAGCCCCAUGCCUGUGGCGGAAGAUAACAUUGUGCACAACCAGAAGGUUGAAAUUCUGAGGAACAUGCUGGGCACAGAGUUACGGCAGCUGGAGCAACUUAAGGAGAAAUACACAAAGAAUCCAUCGCCACAGGUACUUCGAGAUCAACAGGAGGUGGAGAAGCACAUCCAGCAACUCCAGGAACAACUUAGCAAAGCUACAGGUUCCUUACAGGAUGGCUCAAGUGCAGGUCGACACUCGGAAACACUAUCUAUUGUUGAAAGACUGACUGAAGAUGCAGGGGACUGGGAGCAUGACCUUCAAUCACCGAGUGAGAAUACAGGGUCCGAUAGAAGUCGCAUUUCAUUCAGCCGUGCAGAGUCUAUAAUAAGUAGCCCGUCUCCCCCAUGUGAUGGCCAUUUUCACCGAGACUCCCUCAACAGUAGCCCCAAGAUCUCCCCAAAAGAUGCCAGCAGUUUCUGUGAGAGUAUGGACGUCGAUGAGAACCAGGACUGGGAUUCGCCGUCCUCCGGGCUCAGCCCACCACGGGUUGCAGUGCCGAUAAUUGGAGCGGAGGAUGAUGAUUUUGAUACCGAAGCUGAGCAGACUGAUGUCCAGUGCAGCUGUUUCCAAACUAUUGACCUGGUGAAAUCCCGGCCGGCACAUUUGGUUGCAUUUUUACAUCAUGUCGUGUCGCAGUUUGAAGCAGCUCCAUUGCUCUGUUACCUCUACGCCGACCUCUACCAUCACACAAACUCCAAGGAUCAUCGACGAAUUUUUCUCGAGUUUUGCCACCUUUUCCUUGAGAAGGGCUCGAAUCUCAAAGUUCACGUACCAGAAUGGAUCAGCACAGAACUAGAACGUAGAAAAGGAGAUCAGUCUGAGGAAAUGCAACGUAGUUGUGUGCAGGGGAUGCAGGACAUUGUCCUGCCUGAUGUUCAGACACAUCUGGAAGAUUUCAGACAAAAACGGAAUAUGGGAAUGACAAUCGGAGAGAAUGAAUUGGCUAAGUUAGAUGCAGAGCGAAUGCGGGAUCGCGUGGCAGCAGAACAGAAGGAGCGGGUGUGUGCAGAGCAACUGUUACAGAAGAUCGACGAGGUCCUAGCGACUUUGUCCCCGUCUGAAGAAGAAAAAAGUAAUUCGGUUGCGGAUGUGAUUCUCAUCUAUAUGAAGCAGCUUGGCGUGAAAGUGAAGGAUUCGAGGAACCUGGACAGAGAUCGCAGGUUACGAGUUGCAUUCUUCCCAAAGAAGAAGCCAAGUGUAAAGAAAGAAAAGGAGACGGUGAAAGAUGAUGAGAAAAGGAAACGUUUCCAGAGCAUCCUGGAUCCCAUCCGGCGCACAAGCAAACAGGAUCGCAACGCGAUUGAAAAGGCCAAGUUACUGCAUCAGAGGCAAAUGGGACCAUAUAGCCGAUCUACUUCUCACUCUGACCACAGCGAGAGAUCAAAAUCUAUUCCAUUCUUCAGCGAGGGAAGCGAUCAGUCAGCGGUGACCGGCUCAUCAGGUCCAGCGUCGGCCAACGUUGUUCAUGAUGGGAUCUCAGAGAGCGAUACAGAUUCUGCUCCUGCAACACCUGCGACAUUGAAGAUGUUAGCAGACAACUUAUUCAUUGGGGAUUCCAGCACUUCUACACCAAAGUCAGCCUUCGAGCUAUCCACCCUCGAUCAGGUGAUGGAGGAGGACCGAGAGUCAGAGAAAAGUCUCGAGAUUUCUACACCCCCGUGUACUCCUAAACCAGGUCGCCGAGGGGAUGGGCAUGGGUAUGGAGCAUGGACCGAGGCUGGUUCUCAGACUCACUCCCUGAGCCAGACGGAGGAUGAUCAAAUGCACUUGUCGGAUGUGGAGCAGGACCCAGCCAAUUGGCAGCAGCUGGUCAGUCGGGAUGUCCUGUCUGGCUUGAAACCGCACGAGAUCAAGAGGCAGGAAGUUAUUAACGAACUUUUCCACACGGAGCGUGCUCACAUCCGAAUGCUGAAGGUUCUAGAUGUGAUCUUUUACCAGAAGAUGAAGAGAGAUGGCAGCAUACCCAUAACUGAUGUGAAAAACAUAUUCUCCAACCUCGAUGAAAUCCUGCAGCUUCAUGUUUCAUUAAAUGAGCAGAUGAGGAAAGUCUGGAAAAGAAAUGAUAACUUUGUGGUUGAUCAGAUCGGCGAGGACUUGUUGAGCUGGUUCAGCGGUUCUGAAGAGGAUAAGUUUAAACGGGCUGCAGCCACUUUCUGCAGCAAUCAGCCCUUCGCUUUGGAACUAAUCAAGUCAAAGCAGAAGAAAGAGUCAAGAUUCCAGGCAAUCAUUCAGGAGGCACAGAGUAAUCCACAAUGCCGGAGGCUGCAACUUAAAGACAUCAUCCCAACUGAAAUGCAGCGCCUGACCAAAUACCCACUACUCCUGGAGAACAUCGCUAAAAAUACAGAUCCAGAACAGCACGAUGAGAAGAAAAAGGUAAAACAGGCAGCGGAAUGCUGCCGUCAGAUCCUGAACUUUGUGAACCAGGCUGUAAAGGAAGCUGAAAAUAAGCAGCGGUUGGAAGAUUAUCAGCGCCGCCUGGACCUGUCUGGCCUGAAGCAGUCAGAUUAUCCACUGAUUGAGGAGUUCCGGAGUCUGGACCUUACAAAACGGAUCAUGAUUCAUGAAGGGCCCCUGACUUGGCGGGUGAAUAAAGAUAAGACAAUCGAUCUCUACACACUUCUGUUGGAAGACAUCUUGGUUCUAUCUCAGAAGCAGGAUGAACGGUUGGUGUUGAAGUGUCACAGUAAGAAUCUUGCUGCCAAUGCUGAUACCAAACACACCUUCAGCCCCAUCAUCAAACUCUCUGCUGUGCUUGUGCGAGAAGUUGCAACAGAUAACAAAGCUUUUUUCGUCAUCUCAAUGUCAGCUGAUGGUGCACAGAUCUACGAGCUGGUGGCCCAGACAGUGUCUGAACGGAAAACAUGGCAGUAUUUAAUCACACAGACAUCGGGAUCGAUAAAAGCACCAAGCCAUCAUGUGGCCCCUGAGCCGCCUGCCACUGAGAGUGAGCAAGAGGAUGAGGAGAAUCUGAGCACAGUCCAGCAAGGUGGAUCAAGCAAAGCCACAGCAAGGAUAUCGAACAGCAGUGAUUCAACACAAGGUAAAGAGGUUGAUGAUCCGCUGGCAGCGAAUCUCUCAGCGAACAACAAGCAGAAACACAGUGCGAUCAUCCCCACGCAGGAGACAGAGGAGCAGCCCAGGUACAUACAGGACUAUAACAACCUCCGAAGACCCUCUGCCGGGCGGCCCCCUUACAGAAGCACUGAGUUGCACUAUUCCAGUCGGGCUCGGGGUUCAAUGUCAUCAAUCGCUUACUCAAGAGCUGAGGCUGCACUAAUAAACCUUCACUCAUUGAAGCGAUUGCUGUCGGCUCAUGCGAUGGGUUCAGAAGAUGAUGCCAGUGAUGGAGCAUCUGUUCGGCACCUUCCAGAAGAUGACAGUGUACUGCCGUCACCAAAGCAGGGGACUGAUGAGCCAUCCAACAGCACGACGUGUUGUCAAGGUGGGGCACCCAACAAGGCACUGCAGCAUCAGCUGGAGAUAGCCAAUGGGACAAUGGAGGAAGUAGAGGCUGACACAAGAAUUAGUGAAAGGACUAAACUUCCCCGUCAGUUCACACUGGAAGCGGGUCACAGCGAACGUAUCCCAACUGAAGGACGUGGACCAGACUUGGUAGCUGACGAUGGUGGAGAUAGGUUCUACGACGCCCCAGAAGAUCACUCGGAUGAGCAUCGAUUACAAGGGAACAGUUCAAGUCCAAAUAGAGAAGAGGAGGCAAAGUCACAAGCCCGUUCAUCAGGGAACUUUAUAACCCUGGAUGAAUUUCCACAGACAGAAGGAAGCUCCACUGAUGAAGUAGAAAUGUCUACACUUCCAUCUGAUUAUUCUGUGGAUUGUCUCACCCAGAGCACAGAGGCGAGGGAAAGCAACAGUGCAACUGAUCCUUGUAAUGCAGAAGGCCCAGAGGCAGGAAUUAGACAGCUGCUUCCUACAUCACAUGUGCGCAACCAAAUCCUCCAAUUAAUUCAUAGUAUCGAGUCUGAUCUGAAAUAUUUAAAGGAGUUGGAGCUGGAAUGCCACAGUCAGCAGGUCCUGGAGCUCUCAGCUACGCAUGAGCCAACAGGAGAUAGUUAAUGGAGUUUGUUCUAAAGUGGAAUCAAGCCAGGCUUGGUGAUGGAACAUAUGGGUGCUUGGAGAUGACCCCUUGAAGCUCCUGCUAGCUCUGGACUUUAGAGACAUUUGUGGAACUGAUUGUUUGUUCAAAUGCCGCUGAUUUCUGGGUCAUUUUUGGGAUGGUGUAUCAGUGAGUCCUGCCUGUAUUGGUGUGUCUUGCCAGUUAUGGGUGCAUCCCGGAUUGGCCGAUGAAAUCGCCCUCCCACGUAUGCACACACCUCUUUCAAUUAUAGAACUGAUCUCGCUCUCCACAUCUCCAAAAACCAAAUGUACAGAAAAUCAGCUUAGAGUUUGAUGAAAUCGAGAUGUAUUUAUUUGUAUUCACUUGCUAUGAUAAAUGCAAUUGUUUUGUUAUAAUUUUUAUUUUCAUAGCCUGUUUUAAGCUGAUUUGCAGAUGAAGAUUAAGAUCUGGUGAAUGCAUGGAGCCCACGUGCUGAGUUCCAGCAAUGGGGACAGUGGAAUAGACAGCUGGGGGGUAAAGGAGAGUUACCAUGUAAUCAGGGUAAGAGAGUUAUUACACUGCUGGGGUGUGUGUGUGUGAAAAAGCUAGCGAGAGAGAGAGAGAGAAAUAGUGUGUUUGUAUCUGUGUGUGUCUUACUGUACUGAUGGUGUAUGCAAGAGGAGGCGAGAGAAAAUUAGUUGCUCCAUUAGGUAAGAGGGUUAAAGCACAGGGUGAGAGAGGGUGAGACGCUUCAUGGGUUGAGUCAGUUACUGGACUUCUGGAAUUUGAGUGAAUGUGAGAGAGCGAGCGAGCUAGUGCUCGGUAUGUGUGUGUGAGAGAGAGAGAGAGAGAGAGAGACAGCUAGUGCACAGAGAAUGCAAGGGAGAGCAGGUGCCUGGAGUGUGAGAGAUGGAGCAAGCAGAGUUUACACGAAAGAGAGUUAGCGCACAGACUGCAAGACUGACAGCACAGCUGGGCUGUGAGAGAAGGUGUGUUAUUACACAGUUCAUUACUACAGCAAAGCUCUUGGUAGCUCAGUUAGGUUCAAGAUCCACAUUAUAUCUGCUGUUAUGAUCCUGAUCAGAUGUAGAAUCAGGGUUGUGGACCAAAGCUGCUUUGUAGCAAAACCUCCACUCAGAGCAAAGUACCAGGUGCAGGGACAGGGUGGUGUUUCUCUGCUGGAGAGCCGCUACCUCUCUAACUUGUCUUUACUCUGGGCACGCAGUGUGUUUGCAACAUACAGUUUCUUAUUCUUUGUUCUCUAAGUACUUGGCAAACACAUUCACCCCUCACAUCCACACAUCGCCAGGACUGUCGCGUCUUUUAUUUUUCAGAUGCUUAUCUCUCACUGAUACUGUGGUUUUGGAACAAUUUGGUCACAAAAUAGCAGAGCAGACUUCUGACACGAGAUGUUGGAAAUGUUGAUGUGGUGGGCACUGGGUCUGGUUCAUUCUGUACUGCCAGAAUCGUGUUUAUAUAAUCGAUUGAUUUGCAUUUAGAGCAUCACCUCCCAGGAUUAGUUUCUCCACACCACAAAUAACCCCAACUUUCAAUCAUGUGGCUUCCUAUAUUCCAUUUGGCAGAAACAGCAGCUGUAACUAAAUCUACCUGGUAGCUGCUAUUUCCAUAGACCUGCAGUGUCCAUCUCAUAAUUCCUGUCCCAUUCAAUAUCAACCCUCAUCUCAGUGUUACACAGGGCUCGAGGGAGAAACUUAAUUUUGGCGAGCCCAUCAGGUGUGAAUAACUGGAAAUUACUGUCACCUAGUUCUUGCUGUUUGGUACUGAUGGUAAAGUGAACAUAAAAUCUGUUAACAAGGCACAAGACACCCUCCUGGUGGAUAUCAGUUCUAACUCUGACUAAAGCAGAUACUUCAGACUCUCCAAUAAAUUUCCUCACACCACUCUUGCUUCUGAGAUGAUGCUGAUUUGGUGUGAGUGCAUGUCCUAACUUUACCUAUUGCCCUGACGUGUACAGAUCUGCUCUAGCUCCUGUUGUUGCCCUGUACAUCACCCUGCGCAACACACUAACUCUGCUGCCUCCCCUAAUCUAUAGUUUUAUUUGUCUCAAGUUUAUGACAUAUUUCAAUUGGUUUUAUCUAACUUUGUAAAAUAGCAUCUCGUUUAAGAUUUAGCAAUGAUAUUAUGUUACUUGAAAAAAAAACAAAUAUAAUUCUGUUUCUGGGAUCUGGGUUUUAAAGAAAUGUUUCAUUAUAAUUAAAUUGUUUCCGUAUAAUUAAAAAGCUGUGGCGGAAA